CAAGAGGAAAACACACAAACAUUCUGAGAUCUGAAAUGAAAUGAAAUAACCACCGAUACCAUAUGUAUAUAUCUUUCAAACAAAGAAUUAACCUCAACACUGUUAUCUACGCAAACCAAACCACAAUGUUGCUUUCAAAUUUGAGAUCUGUUUAUUCAGUCUCUAUAUUCAUCCCCAAUUUUCAACUUCCAAACCCUAAUUUUCUGAUUCGUUUAUUACCCUUUUCUUCUUCAAGCUCAACAAGGCUAUACUCUCAAUUCCAUGAAAAUGAUGACAACAAACACAAUCUUGUUUCCUCAUUCAAUCGAUUGCUCCAUCAAAAGAAUCCUAAACCAUCCAUCUUUCAAUUUGGUAAGAUUUUAGGUUCCCUUGUCAAGUCCAAUCAUUACUCCACCGUUGUUUCACUUCAUCGACAAAUGGAAUUCAACGGAAUUACUUCAGACUUGGUCAUUUUGAGCAUCUUGAUUAAUUGUUUUUCUCAAUUGGGUCAAAACCCUCUUUCUUUUUCUGUUUUGGCUAAGAUUCUUAAGAUGGGUUAUGAGCCAAAUGUCAUAACUUUAACUACACUCAUUAAGGGUCUGUGUCUCAAAGGUCAGAUUCAUCAAGCCUUGCAGUUUCAUGAUAAGGUGGUUGCGCUUGGAUUUCAUUUGAACAAAGUUAGUUAUGGGACUUUGAUCAAUGGGUUAUGUAAAGUUGGACAAACAAGUGCAGCUUUGCAAUUGCUGAGACGAGUUGAUGGUAAAUUGGUUCAACCUAAUGUGGUAAUGUACAACACCAUUAUUGAUAGCAUGUGCAAAGUUAAGCUUGUUAAUGAAGCUUUUGAUUUAUAUUCUGAAAUGGUUUCUAAGGGGAUUUCUCCCGAUGUUGUUACUUACAAUGCUUUAAUUAGUGGCUUUUGCAUUGUCGGUAAAAUGAAAGAUGCAACUGAUUUGUUUAAUAAAAUGAUAUUCGAAAACAUCAACCCAAAUGUGUAUACUUUUAACAUAUUGGUUGAUGGAUUUUGUAAGGAAAGAAGGUUGAAAGAAGCUAAAAAUGUGCUAGCUAUGAUGAUGAAACAAGGCAUUAAACCUGACGUUUUUACUUAUAACUCUUUAAUGGAUAGAUAUUGCCUAGUUAAAGAAGUCAAUAAGGCUAAACAUAUAUUCAACACUAUAUCUCAGAGGGGAGUGAAUCCUAAUAUUCACAGCUACAGUAUCAUGAUUCACGGGUUUUGUAAGAUUAAAAAGGUCGAUGAAGCCAUGAAUCUCUUUAAAGAAAUGCAUUGCAAUAACAUUAUUCCUGAUGUGGUAACUUACAAUUCCCUUAUUGAUGGUUUGUGUAAAUUGGGGAAAAUCUCUUAUGCUUUGAAGCUAGUCGAUGAGAUGCAUGAUAGAGGUGUACCACAUGAUAAAAUUACUUACAAUUCUAUAUUGGAUGCUUUAUGCAAAAACCAUCAGGUUGACAAGGCAAUUGCGUUGUUAACGAAGAUGAAAGAUGAAGGAAUUCAACCAGAUAUUUGUACAUACACAACAUUAGUUGAUGGACUAUGCAAAAAUGGAAGGCUAGAGGAUGCACGGAUAGUUUUUGAAGAUCUUUUGGUCAAAGGCUACAUUCUAGAUGUCAAUAUAUAUACUGCUAUGAUUCAAGGGUUUUGUAGCCAUGGCUUGUUUGAUGAAUCAUUGGAUUUGUUGUCAAAAAUGGAAGAAAAUGGUUGCAUUCCAAACGCCGUUACUUAUGAAAUAAUCAUCUGUUCUUUGUUUGAUAAAGAUGAAAAUGAUAAGGCGGAGAAACUUCUUCGUGAAAUGAUUACGAGAGGCCUAUUUUAAGACUGAAACUAGGUAAAAUGUUUUCUAUUUAUUUGUUGUUAUAUUGUAUUUAUAUUUAAGUAUAUAGAAUGUACUGAGUUAUGAAAGUCACACCUAAUUUUGACAAAUGACUGUAUAAAAUCAUGGUGUCAAAUUAAAAACAAAAA